AUGGAUUCGGAGCCACCGAAGAAGAAGCGGCAAGCGCGGGAGUUCGAUUGGUCCAAGGCGAGCUUUUCCCACUUUGUCCUCAAGCUGGCCUACGUGGGCACCAACUACCACGGCCUGGCCUGGCAGGAGCCGCAGAUUUGCCCCACCGUGGAGGCGGCGCUUUUCGAGGCGCUGCUGAAGACGCGGCUGAUCCAGGACCGCCAGAGCUGCAACUUCUCGCGCUGCGGGCGCACGGACAAGGGCGUGCAUGCCGCUGGCAAUUACAUCGCCCUGAACUUGCGCUUGAAACCCGACGGGGAGGGCUUUGACUAUCCCAGCAUCCUCAACGGCGUGCUGCCGCCAGAUAUCCGGAUCUUGGCGGCGGCCAGAGCGCCUGAGGGCUUCGACGCUCGCUUCAGCUGCCUCUACCGCGCCUACCAGUACUACUUCCCCUACGCCGGGGAGGAUCUGGAGCGGAUGCAGGAGGCCGCCAGCCACUUUGUGGGCGAGCACGACUUCCGGAACUUCUGCAAGAUGGACGUGGAGAACAUCUCCAACUUCCGUCGCCGGGUCUUGUCGGUGUCCGUGCGCCACUUCGAGGAGGGCGUGGCGGAGUUCGCGGUGACGGGCGUGGCCUUCUUGUGGCACCAGGUGCGGUGCAUGGCGGCCGUGCUGCUGCUGGUGGGCAAAGGCCUCGAGGGCCCGGAGCUGGUUUCGGCGCUGCUGGACGUGGAGAGGCGGCCGCGGAAGCCCUUGUACGACUUGGCGGAUGAGUCUGGCUUGGUGCUGCGGGACUGCGGGUUCCACGAGGUGCCUUUCGCCCCCAGCUGGCCGCCCCCGAAUGCAGGUUCGCCUGGCCUCAGCGUGCCCUGCAGCAGUGCGGAGGACCCCUUCCGCGCGAUGCUGGAGCGGCACCGGCGCCUGGGCGCGGUGAUGCGCUGCCUCGCGGAAGGCGCCGAGGGCCCCGGCGCGGAGGGCGGGGCGAAGGUGGCGAAGGCGAAGCGCCACGUGCCGCUGCUGGAGCGCAGCCUCUGCCCCUCGCUCGAAGAGAAGCAGCAGGCGCUGGAAGCCAAGCGCCGGCGGCAGGCACCGGUCGAGUCGGCGGAGGGCGACGAAAGGUGA